AGAUUCCUAAGUAAUUCUCCGAUUUUGCUGACCGUCUAUUUAUGAUUAGUUUCGGGGGAAAAGCAGAAUCCUCGCCUUGUGCAUCCUGAUUCCUGAAUAUACAUAUCUAGAAAAGAACUCGGAAAGUUUCAGUUUUUCGUUGUUCUCCUCACACACACAGAGAAGGAAACCAUAAUUUUCGCGGAAAAUCUUCGUGGCCUCUUCAUUUCAAUUUAUGGCUUCUCGAAGGCGUAUGCUUCUAAAGGUCAUAAUCCUCGGUGACAGCGGGGUCGGGAAGACUUCUCUGAUGAAUCAAUUUGUUAAUCGCAAGUUCAGUAAUCAAUACAAAGCAACAAUUGGAGCAGAUUUCUUGACGAAAGAAGUGCAAUUUGAGGAUAGGCUUUUUACAUUGCAGAUAUGGGAUACUGCUGGGCAGGAAAGGUUUCAAAGCCUUGGAGUGGCAUUUUACCGUGGGGCGGACUGUUGUGUUCUAGUCUAUGAUGUGAAUGUCAUGAAAUCAUUUGAUAACCUCAAGAACUGGAGGGAAGAGUUUCUGAUUCAGGCCGGCCCUUCUGAUCCUGAAAACUUCCCAUUUGUUGUUUUGGGGAACAAGAUAGAUGUUGAUGCUGGCAAUAGUAGGGUGGUAUCUGAGAAGAAGGCAAGGGCAUGGUGUGCCUCCAAGGGAAAUAUUCCCUAUUUUGAAACUUCUGCAAAAGAAGGUUUCAAUGUAGAAGCUGCUUUCCAGUGUAUAGCAAAAGAUGCUCUAAAAAAUGAACCUGAAGAAGAAAUCUACCUCCCUGACACCAUUGAUGUGGUUGGUCGACAGCAACAAAGAUCAUCGGGUUGUGAAUGUUAGAAGAGAUCUCGAUCAAGUUGUAUAAAUCAAACAAGGAAAAUAGGCAAAUGUGAAACUCUUCUCCAGUUGCCACCCACUAAUAAUUCAGGGAAGUUUCUUAGAGGUUCCAUGUAUACUAGUAAUCACCUGAGGAUAGGGAGGUUGAUAUCUAUCCAUAUUUUACUUGUUCUCUUUCUCAUGUUUAUAUUUUGUACUCUAUUCUGUCUAUAGAAUAUGAAUCCUUCUGUACUGAUCUCUGCAAUCCUUCUGAUCUAUAUAAUUUGAUUGUUUU